ACGUGAAUUAAUUCUUUUACACACUCGCAAAUAACUUAUUUACAAAACAGGUAUUACAGAUAUUAUUCACCAAAAUUUUGCCGAACUUCGUGGACCAUCGUCCUUUGUCUUGAAACAUUGAUAGUCGCUCAGUCUACAAAUUCUCGUUCUGUGGAACCCGGAGGUCAAUCGCGGUUCGCAAGACACCGCCAGAGAUGCCUAUCAAUUUUUGAUAAAUAAUGUAUUGUAAAUAAUGUGAACAGGCAACAGGAAUACACUGUACUUGAAUAAAAGUCUCAAGAAUCAUGGCUAAGUCGUGAUAUAAGGAAAUUUAAACGGCUCAGGAACUGAAUGAAAGUGUCACGUGAUAACGAUGGUGAAAGUUCGGAUUGUUUUGGUGCUGUUGGCACUAUUGGUGUCAGUGAACACAGCAGCUCCCAAAAGCAGAAUUGGCAGUGGCAUGCGUAAAUCUGGAAUGCUACAAAGGUAUUUAAAACGCGUAACGUUCGGAAUUUUGUUACCCCAUUCUACGUUCCGGCAGCGAAAAUACAACAGCACAGUGCUGGCAACUUUGGCGACAUACCACAAAGCAAGACCGCAGUACACACUCGCCAGGAAGUACAACGUAACCUACAGCGUGGCCAUGGUUGGACGCAAACCAAGUCCUACACAAAUUCUCAACAACUUGUGCAAAGUGUUUAUUGCCAGCAACGUCUCCGCCAUCUUGUUUCUGACUAAUUAUGAAGCAUAUGGGAGAGAAACUGCGUCUGCGCAGUACUUUCUGCAACUUGCUGGUUACCUAGGCAUCCCUGUCAUAGCUUGGAACGCGGACAAUUCAGGUCUAGAAAGGAGGGGGUCUCAGCUGACUCUCCAGCUGCAAAUGGCGCCGUCUUUAGAGCAUCAGACGGCUGCCAUGUUGAGUAUUCUGGAGAGAUACAAGUGGCAUCAGUUCUCUGUCGUCACAAGCCAGAUAGCAGGACACGACGACUUCAUACAGGCAGUUCGAGAACGUGUGAUGCAGAUCCAGUCGCACUUCAAGAUGUCUAUUGUGAGCACGCUGGUGGUUAGCAACGCGACUGACCUGUCGCAGCUUGCGAACACUGAAGCACGCAUCAUCCUGUUGUAUUCUACACGAGAAGAAGCGAGGGACAUUCUGACAGAAGCCACCAGGCUUAAACUCACAGGUACGAACUACCUGUGGCUGACUACACAGAGUGUCAUCAGCAAUACAAUGGAGGCGCCGAGAGAAUUCCCUGUCGGCAUGCUUGGACGGCAUGUACACAGAGACUGCACUAUAAAACCAAGCUCCCGUCCCAGUUUCUUAGAGCUCGCCCUAGACGAAGCAAAUGAAGUUGUGCUCAGCCCUCACCUGUCCUGUGAAGGAAGAGGCGAAGCGCGCUGGAGACAAGGAGACAAGUUCUUCAGAUACUUGAGGAACGUUUCUGUGGAUGGAGAUCACCAGGCGACGACCCUAGAAUUCAACCAAGAUGGACGACUGAGGGCAGCAGAAUUGAUCAUCGUGAACCUCAGACCAGGGCAUGGAGCUACAGCCAACAGCCGUGUGUGGGAACAGAUCGGGGUGUGGAAGUCAUGGGAGAAGGAGGGUCUGGAUAUAAAGGACAUCGUGUGGCCAGGAAACACACACACGCCUCCCCAGGGAGUGCCAGAGAAGGUCCAUCUCAAGAUCACUUUCCUGGAGGAGCCUCCCUAUAUCAACCUUGCGCCACCGGACCCUGUCACUGGAAAGUGUACCCUCAAUAAGGGCGUCUUCUGUCGACAAGCCAGCGAAAUCGACCUUGAAGGAGUGGACAUUCCAACAGCACACUUGAAUGGCAGUUUCUAUCAAUGUUGCUCAGGCUUCUGCAUCGAUCUGCUGGAAAAGUUUGCAGAUGAUUUGGGCUUUACGUACGAUCUCUUCCGUGUCGAGGAUGGAAAAUGGGGAGCCCAGAGCAACGGCCGUUGGAACGGGUUAGUAGCUGCCCUCAUCAACCACCACGCAGAUAUGGUAAUCACAUCUCUCAAGAUAAAUUUCGAGAGAUCGCAAGCUAUCGAUUUCUCGUUACCCUUCCUAGAUACCGGAAUUGCUAUUGUGGUAGCCAAAAGAACUGGCAUCAUCUCGCCUACAGCAUUUCUAGAACCCUUUGAUUCGGCCAUGUGGAUGUUGGUAGCCCUGGUUGCAAUUCAUGCUGCUGCUCUUACAAUUUUCUUCUUCGAAUGGCUUAGUCCAUACGGAUACGAUGCGAAGAUGACGGCGCCUAGGGAACACAGAUUCUCACUGUGUCGGACUUUGUGGCUCGUGUGGGCAGUGCUUUUCCAGGCGGCCGUAAACGUAGAUUGUCCCCGAGGAUACACUGCGCGUUGCAUGGCCAACGUGUGGGCUAUGUUUGCGCUCAUCUUCCUGGCAAUUUACACAGCGAACCUUGCAGCCUUCAUGAUCACACGCGAAGAGUUUCACGACCUCACAGGAAUUAACGAUACAAAGCUGAGUAACCCCCACUCACUGAAACCGCCGUUCCGUUUCGGCACUAUACCACACGGCAACACAGACGCGGUUCUACGGAGGAACUUCCCCGCCAUGCACUCGUACAUGAGGCCCUUCAACCGAUCCACUGUCAUGCAAGGUGUUCAGGCCGUCAAGGAAGGGAAGUUGGACGCGUUCAUUUACGAUGCGACGGUACUGGAGUACCUGGUAGGACAGGACUCGGAAUGUGUCCUACUCACUGUCGGCUCAUGGUUCGCCAUGACGGGAUAUGGGGUAGGCUUCCCCAGACAUUCCAAGUUCCGGGACCUUGUCAACCAACAGCUUAUGGAAUACCGCGAAAAUGGAGAUCUGGAGCGAUUACGUCGGUUCUGGUUUACUGGUGCAUGUAACAAGCCCAUGAGUAAAGAGAAACCGAGUCGCAGUGACCCCCUGGCUCUAGAGCAGUUCUUCUCUACCUUCCUGCUUCUCGGGUCAGGGAUUCUCCUGGCGGUGGUCCUCUUGCUGUUGGAACGCGCUUACUGCAUGUGUCACCGCCCCAUCAACAGGCUUAUGCACUUCGACGACCAGCCUUCCACGCGGGCUGCCGCCGUCAGGGGCUGCUGCUCACUGCUCAGCAGGAGCUUGGGCAGAACCUUGACCCCCAAUACCCCCCCUACGGAACCCAGGCGCCUCCUGUUGACGCCGCGGUGUCCUACGGCGGGAUGCGACGAUCUCCUAGGACGUAUGGAGGUUGCACUGGGGGCGGCACAGCGCCGAGUGGCAGAACUCGAAGCGGAUCUACAGCUCCAUACCUCUGCUGUUAUGUGCCAGGUUCAUGGACCCAGACUCAACAUAUCUGCUAGUCGUCCGAGGUCUAAGUCGUUGGCCUGGUCUUGGGGCCAUGCGACCGUCCACUCCAGUUGCAGCGCUUUCCCUGGACCACACGAAGAGUUUUGCAGAUCGUCAAGAGACGUUCACAGAGAUUACUUCGUAGAAAACUAUGGGGUCUGGUCCCCACCGGUACGAAUGUACCGGAAAGACGUAGCAGAGAUUGAGACGGUCCUUUAAAACAUUCGAGGACAUGCACGACUUUAUUCCCAGCGACCGCCAAAACAAUCAUUAAAAAUCACCAAGUGUCAACUGUCGAAAAGGUGAUAGAUCAAUGGAAUUGACUUGCACAGGAAAAGAAGUAAAAAACAAUGCAUGUGACUACGUCAUUAGAACACAAUAAAUAUCGAGAUUUUAAGUAUUUACUUACAGGUUUUUUAAUUAAUAUACUGACCGGAAUUUCUACGAGUUUAUAACAGAAUUCCCGCAGCAGUGGCAUAACAUCGAUGUCAAUACACAAACGAAAGUAUACUCAGAGCCGUUCACUGUCGUAUUCGAUUCAAAGCUAUGGCACGAGUAUAAAAUAACGUAUAAAUACAAAAUUAUUUGUACUUUCGGUUAAUAUCAGCAAUAUACGCUCUUAACAAUUAAUAAAUAGUCUACCGGUUACUACAGUGAGUUCACUGAUGAAGUUGAACCUAAAUGUAACUUCCCGGCUCCCGGCUGAAACUGCAUGGCUUACCGCCAAGCGCUACAACGUUUAGCCGAUAUGUCAAGUAUCGUUCCAUAAAAACAAUAAAAUCAAGUUACCAAAAUUACAGUAGUUCCUACCGGGAGCUAGAAAGUAACGGUUGUGUUCAACUUUAUCCAUGAAUGCACUGUACGAAGUAGUGGGCUACAAUGCGAAUAUAUGAAUUCACGGUAGGCUGUUGGUAACACUGGCAGAAGAUCCACUGAUCAUCUCUUUAUGAGUGGGGUCACACUGCUACCGUCAUCGAUCAAAUCGGUCACAGAGUCCUGCUUCAAACGGUUAACUUUCACAGCUUUAAUUACAUACUGAAUGAACAAACUGGCCUGUGUUUACAUUAGCAAAUGUUAGCGUUCAUUUUUGCAACAAAAUACAUGACACGUUAAAAUAUAAGAAUAAGGCGAGACGAAAAUAUAAUGCACGUAAGUAAGAAAAUAGGGAGAAGAAAGGGAGGUUAUUCUUACUUUUUUUAUUUAAACAGCAUCAAAUAACUGGAUGAGCGAGAAUUAUGAAUUAUAUGUGGUACAAAAGGAAGUAGCCACAGCCCAGUUUAGGGUACUGCCCCAAAACUGCGUCGAGGUAAAUCACUUACCACAUUCGAUUUUAUGUACAGAUUUUAAACCGGGACCUACCAAAUGUAAUAAAAUGUUUGCUAACCGUGAUAUUUGGUAGCGGUUAGUUGCUUCCGAUGCAACCAAAGAUUUAAAAUGUUAACUCACAUUGUAAAUCAAUUAAUUUUAAUGCAAAGACAUUUUUGCCAAUUCUUCUAAACUGAGGAAAAUUUAAGAUACGCAAAUUUAAAUAAUCAUGAAAAAGAUUAUUCGAAAAACGUGGGCCAAGAUGAAUGUAUUAGCUAACGUUAGAUCACUAAACCGGUAAAAAAAGGGGGGGUUUCCUUGAACGCCUAAACUGUUUCCUGGGGAACAAAGCCGAACGAAUGCAAGAACUUUUUAAUCUUAAUUUAUUUUCAACGUAAUCAUAACUCUCAGCAAGCUCUUGGAAUGUUACAGACAGAUAAUCGAUCUGACACCAGAAUUAUGUCAAAAACAUUUUGAUACAUUAAUACUAAAUUUUGUAAGGCUCCACCUUUUCACUGCGACCUAAAUAUCAAUUAACUUCUGGAUUGUUGUCCCAUAUUGUUAUGUCUGAUGAAGGAGGCAUUACGUCCUACUGAAAUGCUAGCACAGAACCAAAAUACAGCACAGCGCAAUAACCCAGAGAUCAUUGCAAUCAUUAUAAAAUCAUAAGAAUAAAUAUUAAAGCUGUUGGAUCGACAUGAAACGAUUCCUUUAUGUAAGUUUCUAUCAUUUUCAUAUGACUGUGUAUGUCAGAAUUUCAACUGAACAGUGGAGUAAAUAUACUAUACUAACAGAAAUGUCAGAACUCAAAGUGAAUAAUAUUCAUUAAUUUCUUUCGAUGUAAUUAAAAACCAAAAAUUCUACUAAAUAUUGUAGCGGCAUUGAUUUUUGUUGUCUUUAAAAUCCAACUGUUCGCGAAGGUAAAUACGGAACAGAGCAACUAUUAACAAUUUAUUUUGACUUCUCACUACGAUCCCAAACGUGAAUAUUGCCUCUUGUAGUGAAGUUUCUUUUAAUAUUUCUGUAAUGUUCGCGUUUAUGAAUAACGAUAAUUAUGAAUCGAUGUUGGAAUGUGUUAUGAGAUAAGCUGUGCUGAAAUGUAAAUACAUUUGAAGUGUUAAAUACAUAACUGUUAUUCAAGUUUGUACCAACUAUUUGUGUACGCUUUUCGUGUGUAUCAGUAUGUAUGUACACACAUGUAUGAAUAGGUAUGUAUCUGUUUAUACAUGCAUGUUAAUAUGUGUAAAUGUAUGUGAGACGAUACCAGUUUCUGAA